AUGAUGGACAACUCGGGUAUGGACUCAGCAAGUGAUCAUAGUAGUCACGCGUCUUCAGGUUCACCGGCAGUAGCGAUCAAACAAUCGCCGUCACCUCCUAAUCAUCUAUCGCACCACAAUCACCACAGCCAAGUUCACAGCCCAAGACAAGCCAGUCCUUUAUGUCCUCCGAUGUCGAUGGCGCAUCCGUUAUCACCGCCACCGGUUUCCUCGGCAAGCCUGGCUCGCAGUAUGGCUUUGGGGCAUCUGCCGCCUCCCGGAUUGGGCUUACUGAACUCCCUUGGUGUGCUACACAACCCUCUGGAUCUGAUGGCUCAUCAUGGCCCUCCGCGUUCCUACAACAGUCCUCCACCAAUUUCCACGUCAGAUCCUACGGCAAACGAGUGCAAACUAGUUGAUUAUCGCGGACAAAAAGUGGCAGCUUUCAUCAUAGCAGGCGAUACUAUGUUAUGCCUGCCGCAGGCGUUCGAAUUGUUCUUGAAGCAUCUAGUGGGUGGUUUGCAUACGGUUUAUACCAAGCUGAAAAGGUUGGACAUCGUACCGUUGGUUUGUAACGUUGAACAAGUUCGUAUAUUGAGAGGGUUGGGUGCUAUCCAGCCAGGUGUCAACAGAUGUAAGCUGCUGUCUUGCAAAGAUUUCGAUACUUUGUAUAGAGAUUGUACUACGGCCAGUUCCAGGCCUGGUCGUCCCCCCAAGAGAGCGCCAGUGGGACUCAGUUUGGCCGCCACUCAUCUACAACAUCAACAACAACUCAAAAAACAACGCAUGGACAAUGGAGACUACCCUUAUGAAAACGGACACAUGGGUGAUAUGUCGAGAUUAGAAAAAUCGCCGCUAUUAGCCAACGGUUACAAUCACCCACCGCACUUAAGUCACAUGCAAUUUAUGCAAUUACCGCACCCGGCCGCCGCACAUUCGGCCCUUCUGUCACCCGCCAUGCCGCACAAUUUGGCCAGGCCCGAUGGGUCGGUCAUCAAGAACCAAGGGAUGCCUACCAUGGAAGCCAUUGCGAGGUCUGGCAUUUGGGAAAACUGCAGGGCGGCAUACGAAGACAUUGUAAAACAUUUAGAAAGGUUACGAGAAGAACGGAUCGAUCCCGACAAACCUUUACCGUUAGAUCAGAAACCAAGAGAUCUCAGCAGUCCCCGAAAUUUGUCGCCAACAGAACACAGUCCAGUUCUAAAUUUAUCAAAAAGCGGGGGUGGCAGUGCCGGUUCCCUGGGGGAUAACGACCAUUCUGGUAGCGAAGCGGACGGGCCCGAUGUACCCCCCUCGCCCAGAUCCCCCCGGUCAGCAGUCGAAGAGGAAGACGACGACAAUAUAUCAGAACCGGAAGACGAUGACGAUAAGGAUCAAGAUAUGGAUGACGGAGACCUACCUCUUCCUGUAGCUCCAGGAAGCGAUUCGCAGCACACAGCCCUUAAUUACUCAACCCUGGCUAGCGCAGUCGCACAAGCCAACGGCCCCACCAACGAUCCCAGUAUCUCGUCAACGGAGACCCUCCUCAGGAACAUCCAAGGCCUCCUGAAGGUCGCCGCGGACAAUGCCCGCCAGCAGGAGAGACAGAUCCAUUACGAAAAAGGUACAAAUAGCAACAUGGUGUAUCUUUUGUCCUUAGCCCAAUAUUAUAUGUACUUGGCGGCCACGCAGAAAUGUUGA